AUGAGCGACGAUCGACCGAACACGUCCGAAUCGACGGAGACAAGACAUUCUAUUGUGCAGGACCUCGCUCGCAACACAUCCGCUAGCAUUGAAGACUCCGACGGCAAGCCCGUGUUCGGAAGCAAUGAUACUGAUUCCCCGUUAAACCCCCGUGGCCCAAAUUUCAAUGCCCGCGCGUGGGCAACGAAUAUCGCCCGUGGCCAGAAUUUCCGUCGAGUUGGAUUAUGUUUCCAGAACUUAAGCGUAUUUGGCUAUGGCACACCAACGGACUUUCAAAAGGAUGUUGGAAAUAUUUGGAUAGCCUUGCCUAAUAUGAUUCGACGCCUCUUCUCUAGUACAGCAGGUCAAACUCGAAUUAAUAUCCUCAACCAAUUCGAUGGACUUACCCGUCCGGGGGAGAUGUGCAUUGUCUUAGGACCACCCGGGUCUGAUUGCAGCAUGUUUCUGAAAAGCUUGUCCGGUGACCAUAACGGAUUUUACGUUAACGAGGGCUCGUACUUCAAUUACCACGGAAUGUCAGAUAAGGAGAUGCAUACCGCGCAUCGAGGCGAUGCAAUUUACACUGCCGAGGUCGACGUCCAUUUUCCCAUUCUAACAGUCGGUGAAACAUUAACAUUUGCAUCGCGGGCGCGCUGUCAAAGGGAAUUACCGCAGGGAAUCUCCCGUAAUGAGUACUGCGAGCUUCUUCGGGACGUCAUCAUGGCUAUGUACGGUAUUAGCCAUACUAUCAAUACAAAAGUGGGUGACGAGUUUACACGAGGCGUCUCUGGGGGAGAACGCAAGCGUGUGACUAUUGCCGAGGCCACCCUGGCCAACGCUCCAUUUCAGUGCUGGGAUAACUCGACGCGUGGUUUAGACUCGGCUAAUACCAUUGAGUUCUGUAAGACCUUAAGACUCCAGUCUGAGUUAUUCGGUCAAACCUGCUUCGUGUCGAUGUAUCAGGCGCCGCAGAGCGCUUAUGAUCUCUUUGAUAAGACUACCGUCCUCUACGAAGGACGUCAAAUAUACUUUGGGCCCGUCUCAAAAGCCAAGGGAUAUUUCAUUAACCUUGGAUUUGAAUGUCCUUCUCGGCAAACAACGCCAGAUUUCCUUACAUCGAUGACAUUCCCGGCGGAGCGCAUUACCCGCCCGAAUUGUAACCCUCCACGAACACCGGACGAGUUUGUAGCUGCCUGGAAGAAUAGCCCAGAAUAUAAGGCUCUCCAGGUCAAUAUUGAGGAAUACAAGGGCCAACAUCCUAUUGAUGGACCAGAUGCCGAGACCUUCCGAAAGCUUGAGAGAGCACAUCAGUCUAAGGGACAGCACAUCAAGUCGCCGUACAUCCUGACAUAUUCCCAACAAGUCCAGCUCUGCAUCUGGCGCGGUUUCAAGAGGCUCAGGGCAGAUCCGUGGUUGCCCGUCGGCAUGAUCAUCGGCAAUACGAUCAUGGCUCUCAUCAUAUCUUCCUUAUUCUACAACUUGGGUGCAGACACGAGCUCUUUCUAUGGCCGUGCUGCUGUCCUCUUCGUGGCCAUCUUAUUCAAUGCGUUCGCCUCCAUGCUAGAGAUUAUGACACUAUACGCUCAACGACCGAUUGUGGAAAAGCAGUCUCGUUAUGCUUUCUACCACCCAUCAGCCGAAUCUUACGCUUCCGUCUUGGUCGAUCUGCCUUUGAAGUUCAUAAAUGCCAUCUCCUUUAAUUUGGUCUUUUACUUCAUGACUAACCUUAAUCGCUCUCCCGGCCCCUUUUUCUUUUACCUCUUCGUAGUCUUUUGGAUUAUUAUGGCUAUGUCGGGUGUCUUUAGAUCCGUUGCAUCUGUGUCACGUACAGAGCAGCAAGCGAUGGUGCCUGCCUCGAUUUUACUGCUGGCUCUACUUAUUUUUACCGGCUUCGUUGUCCCAGUAGAUUAUAUGCUAGGCUGGUGUCGAUGGAUCAAUUAUCUGGAUCCAGUUGCUUACGGAUAUGAAGCGCUCAUGGUUAAUGAGUUUCACGGACGCAACUUCUCAUGUUCGACCUAUAUCCCUGACUAUGCGGACACUACUUCGAGUAAUAUUGCCUGUGCUGCCGUCGGGACCAUCCCCGACCAAUCCUAUGUGAAUGGAGACGACUAUAUCAAUUCGGCAUACAAAUAUUAUCACAGCCAUAAAUCGCGGAAUGUCGGGAUUAUUAUUGCGAUGGCAAUUUUUAACCAUAUUGUUUAUUUCAUUGCGAAUCAAGGGACAAACCCGAAGAAUCCUCGAGAGUGGGUUAAACCCGGCACACUUACGGCUUUAAUGGGCGUCUCUGGAGCUGGCAAGACGACACUAUUGGAUUGCUUAGCUGAUCGUCGUACGGGAGUGGGCGUUAUCAGCGGCGAAAUAUUGGUCGAAGGGAAGAUGCGCGACGAGAGCUUUCAACGCAAAUUUAGUUACGCCCAGCAGCAAGAUUUGCACCUCGAGACAAGUACAGUCCGAGAGGCUUUGGCAUUCUCAGCUCUCCUUCGCCAGUCGGCAAGCCGCUCAAAGGUAGAAAAGUUAGCUUGGGUGAAUAAAGUUAUUGACUUACUAGAUAUGGAAGAAUAUGCCGAUGCGGUCGUCGGUGUCCUGGGUGAAGGCCUCAAUGUUGAACAGAGGAAGCGUUUGACUAUUGGUGUUGAAUUGGCUGCCAGACCACAGUUACUCAUUUUUGUUGACGAGCCCACAUCUGGUCUUGACUCACAAACCAGCUGGGCGGUCUUAAACCUGCUAGAAAAAUUAUCCAAGGCGGGACAGGCCAUCCUCUGUACCAUUCACCAACCUUCUGCGAUGCUAUUUCAACGAUUUGAUCGCUUUCUCUUACUCGCUGACGGAGGACGUACUGUUUAUUUCGGUGAGAUUGGCGAUAACUCUCAUGUGCUUACAGAGUACUUUGAACGUCAUGGUGCAUCAUGUUGCCCGCCGGGAGCAAAUCCAGCUGAAUGGAUGCUGGAAGCGAUUGGGGCGGCACCGGGCAGUCAUUCAGGUAUUGACUGGUAUAAAACGUGGUGUUCGAGCCUAGAAUACCAAGCCAUUCGGGAGGAAUUGGCCCGUAUUAAGGCUAUAAAUUCGAUAAAACCACAGACGACUGGGCUAAACGACCCUGACUCGUACCGCGAGUUUGCCGCGCCUCUCUGGGAACAAUUUCUUGUCGUCACCCAGCGUGUAUUUCAACAAUACUGGCGGACACCUUCCUAUAUAUACUCAAAGCUCGGCCUCUGCAUUGGUAGCAGUCUAUUUAUCGGAUUGAUUUUUCUCGACGCGCCGCUGACCAUCCAAGGUCUUCAGAAUCAAACGUUCGCCAUUUUCGAGCUAGCCAGUAUUUUUGGUCAGUUAGUAGACCAGCAGCUACCGAAUUUCGUUACGCAGCGCUCACUAUAUGAAGUCCGUGAGCGGCCAGCUAAGACGUAUUCUUGGAUAGUCUUCAUGCUCAGUCAGAUCGUCGUGGAAAUUCCCUGGAGUGCUCUCGCGUCUAUUUUUAUGUGGGCGUUUAUUUACUUCCCCGUUGGUUUCUAUAAAAAUGCAGAAGCUGCAGGGCAAAGCAACGAACGAGGUGGGAUAAUGUGGCUCUUAUUUCUAGAGUUCGUCCUCUUCGUCUCCUCGUUUGCGCACAUGUGUAUUUCUGUCGUUAGCACGGCAGACUAA